GGUUUUGUUUGAAAUGGGUCGUGUGGUAGCAUUCGACUACUCUCCUUUUCGUUUUGUCUUUAUAAGUUUGUUUGGGUGUCAUGAACUGAUCACGUGAAUGCCCCUUCAGUUUCAGCCCUUUUCUUCCCUCAAAAUUAAAGCUCCCCCUUUUAAAGAGUUGUAAUUACCCCUUUCUUCCUUCUUAGAUCUCCUCCCCCUCCUCAUCAUCCUCAACCCUUUCUGUCUCUUCAUUCAUUCUCUAAAUUCUCUCCAUCAUCUUCGCUAGCAGCUAGCAGCACAACAAAGAGAAGAAGAUUGCUCUUUUUUCCACACGUUUUUCUCUUUCUUUCUCUCUCUCUCUCUCUCACACACACACACACACUUCCAUGACUCCAGCUUUCCUAAAUCCGUCAACUUCUCCUUCGCCUAAAGAAGAGGAAGAUCAGCAGCAGCAUCAAUUCUAUAACAGCAUCUCCAAGGCGCAAUCUUCUUCUUCGUCUUCCUCUCUCUCCAGCCAGGUUUUCGCCUGCUCGAAUGUUCAAGAUCAUGGAGGAACCCAUCACAGGGAAGUACACCAGCUAAAAUAUCAACAAGAUCAGGCGAGUUAUUUUGCUUGGCAAAGUGGAUCAAGCAGCCAACCGAUAUGCGAAAGCGAGAGUGAUCAUCAUGGGUUGAAGUUUUUCUUGUGGAAGAAAGAAUUAGGAGGAGAUCAAAACGAAAACCAGAGUGAGAAGAUCAAUGGUUCAGCAAAAUGGAUGCCCUCAAAGAUGAGGAUGAUGCGGAAGAUGAUGAACUCGGCUCGAGCCAGUGCAGAAGCUGAAAUGAAGCUUGAAGAUCAAAAACCACAACCUUCUUCAUCUCCUCUUGGAAGCACUGAUAAUAGCAGCAACAGCUCCUCCAGCAACAGCAACAACCCCAUUAUUAGGGUUUGUGCAGAUUGCAACACUACCAAGACCCCUCUUUGGAGAAGUGGACCUAGAGGCCCUAAGUCACUCUGCAACGCCUGUGGAAUACGGCAAAGGAAGGCGAGGAGGGCCAUGGCCGCGGCGGCGGCAGCUGCAAAUGGGGGCACAGUUCUUGAAGCUGAGACUGCGUCAGUGAAGAGUAAGACGCAGCAGAAAGAGAAGAGGUCCAACAAUGGCGGCCAUGUUGCACAGUACAAGAAACGAUCUAAACUUGCCGCUGCAACGCAGGGAAGAAGAAAGCUUUGCUUUGAGGACUUCUUGAUCAGUAUGAGCAAGAAUUUGGCCUUCCACCAUGUUUUCCCUCAAGACGAGAAGGAAGCUGCCAUCCUGCUAAUGGCUCUAUCUUGUGGCCUUGUUCAUGGUUGAGGCUUCGGUGCUUCUCUUUUUUAAUUUUUAUUUUUGUUUUUUUGAUAAUGAUAAGAAUCAGCAACCACUCCUCCUUCAGGUGGUGCAUAUGUCUCUUUUCUUGAGCAGAUUUGUGUGAUAGUUUUGUGUCGUAGAUGGAUCGGAUUGGGAAGAGGUGAAUAAAAUCGUGUGAGCCAAUCAAUUAGCAUUAAUUUCUAUGUGACAGCAGAAAUAAUUAA